ACAAUGGAAAAUCAUACCACAGUGGAUGAAUUCAUUUUUACCGGAUUCACUGACUCUUCAAAACUGCAGAUUCCUCUCUUCACAUUCUUCCUGGUGGUAUAUGUUAUCACCCUCACUGGAAAUCUUGGGGUGAUCCUUUUAAUAAGUGUUAGCUCACAACUUCACACCCCUAUGUAUUUCUUCCUUAGCAACCUGUCCUUGGUAGAUGUCUGCUACUCCACAGUUGUCACACCCAAAAUGCUGAUGGACUUGGUUAUGAGCAGAAAGGUGAUUUCAUUGACUGGAUGUGCUGUACAAAUGUGGUUUUUUGGUCUUUUUUUAGCCACGGAAUGUUUUCUCUUGGCAGCAAUGGCUUAUGAUCGGUAUGUUGCCAUUUCCAAACCCCUGCUCUAUUCAGUAGUUAUGUCACGAAGAGUCUGUGCCCAGCUGGUAAUCACCCCCUAUCUCGUAGGAGUGUUGAAUGCCACAACACACACAGCCUUAUCUUUUCAGUUAAUCUUCUGCAAUGCCAACAUAAUCAACCAUUUCUUUUGUGACAUCCCUGCAGUCAUAGCACUCUCCUGUUCUGAUACCCAACUCAACAAUAUGGUGCUUUUUGGUCUGUCUUGCACUUUUGGCAUUGUGAGUACCUCUAUGAUCAUUGUUUCUUAUAUAUACAUUGUUAGUGCCAUCCUGAAAAUUCAUUCCAAUGCAGGCAGGCGCAAAGCUUUCUCUACCUGCUCCACCCACCUCACAGUUGUGUCUAUCUUUUAUGGAACGCUCUUCUUCAUAUAUGUGCGUCCCAGCUCCAAUUCAUCAAUAGAUGAGGACAAAAUGGUCGCCAUGUUCUACACAGUGAUGAUCCCUAUGCUGAACCCCUUGAUCUACAGUCUUAGAAACAAAGAGGUGAAAGACGCAGUGAGGCGACUGAUCAGAGGGAAAAACCUCUCAUAG